GCGUGACCUUUGAGGACAUUGCCCUGUACUUCUCCAGGGAGGAAUGGAGCCUCCUUGAUGAGGGUCAGAGACAGCUGUACCUGAAUGUGAUGCUGGAGAACUUUGAACUUAAAUCCUCCCUGGGUUGCUGCUGUGGAGAAGACAAUGUGGAGGCCCCGACUGAACAAAAGGUUUCUGUUAGAUUGUCACAGGCAAGGAAUCCCAAGUUACCGUUGUCUUCCCAGAAGAGUCACCCCUGUGAGAGUUGUGGGCUAGUCCUGGGAAACAUUUUCCACGUGAUGGAGCUGCAGGGAACACAACACAGACAGAUACUGUUGAGGUGUGGAGCGUGUGCAAAAAGAUUUUCUUUGCGUGCAAAAUUUCACCAGCAGCAUGUGAGAGAGCUGACUUACAUUAGAGGUUUGGAAAGGAUGUCACUUGCAAACAGCUGCAAUUUCAAUGUGUCCCAGAAUCAUUUCACCAGUGGGGAGGUUGGGCAGAGUGUCUUUACCGAAUCUGGACAUCUCCACCUAAAGGCUACGCAGACCAGGGACAGUCCAACUGCUAUUUUGAUGCGUGGGAUGACGUUUCAACGUAGAAAAAAUUAUUUCAGCAGAAAAGAAUGUAAGAAAGACAUUAAUUGCAUCCACACGUUUAUUCAGGAAAAAGAUUUCCAUCUUGGAAGUGGGUGUUGUGUGCACGCUGAAUGUGGAAAAUAUUUUACGAAAUUUUCUGGCUUUCAUUAUCAACAGAGAGGUCACACUGCAAAAAAGCAUUACAAAUGCAGUGAAUGUGGGAAAUCUUUUACCACUAAGAACAUUCUUCAGCAACAUCAGAGAGUUCAUAUGGGAGAAAAGCCUUAUAAAUGCAGUGAAUAUAGGAAGUCUUUUACCCAGAGCACUACCCUUCGUAUUCAUCAGAGAGUUCACACAGGAGAAAAGCCUUAUAAAUGUUGUGAAUGUGGGAAAUCUUUUUCCCGGAGCAUUGCCCUACGUUACCAUCAGACAGUUCAUACAGGAGAAAAGCCUUAUAAAUGCAGCGAAUGUGGAAAAUCUUUUAAACGUAGAAAAAGUCUCAUAUAUCAUCAGAGAGUUCACACUGGAGAAAAGCCUUACCAAUGCAGUGAAUGUGGGAAAUCUUUUAUACAGAGCACUAAUCUUCGUUUUCAUCAGAGAGUUCAUACAGGAGAAAAGCCAUAUCAAUGCAGUGAAUGUGGAAAAUCUUUUACCACUAAAGGAAUCCUUGAUCGACAUCAGAGAGUUCAUACAGGAGAAAGGCCUUAUAAAUGCAGUGAAUGUGGGAAAUCUUUUACCCGGAAAACCAACCUUCGUUAUCAUCAGACAGUUCAUACAGAAGAAAAGCCUUAUAAAUGCAGUGAAUGUGGAAAAUCAUAUAAAAGUAGCAAAGGGCUCCAAUAUCAUCAGACAGUUCACACUGGAGAAAAGCCUUUUCAAUGCAAUGAAUGUGGAAAAUGUUUUUCCACUAACACUGACCUUCAUAGACAUCAGAGAGUUCAUACGGGAGAAAAGCCUUAUCAGUGCAGUGAAUGUGGGAAAUCUUUUGCCCGGAGCACCGCCCUUCGUUACCAUCAGACAGUUCAUACAGGAGAAAAGCCGUAUAAAUGCAGUGAAUGUGGAAAAUCUUUUAGACGUAGAAAAAGUCUCCUGUAUCAUCAGAGAGUUCACACUGGAGAAAAGCCUUACCAAUGCAGUGAAUGUGGGAAAUCUUUUACCCGGAGCACUAAGCUUCGUCUUCAUCAGAGAGUUCAUACAGGAGAAAAGCCAUAUCAAUGUAGUGAAUGUGGAAAAUCUUUUACCACUAAAACCGUCCUUGAUCGACAUCAGAGUGUUCAUACAGGAGAAAAGCCUUAUAAAUGCAUUGAGUGUGGGAAAUCUUUUAUACAGAGCACUAAUCUUCGUUUUCAUCAGAGAGUUCAUACAGGAGAAAAGCCAUAUCAAUGCAGUGAAUGUGGAAAAUCUUUUACCACUAAAAGAAUCCUUGAUCAACAUCAGAGAGUUCAUACGGGAGAAAAGCCUUAUAAAUGCAGUGAAUGUGGGAAAUCUUUUACCCUGAAAAGGAACCUUCGUUAUCAUCAGACAGUUCAUACAGAAGAAAAGCCUUAUAAAUGCAGUGAAUGUGGAAAAUCAUAUAAAAGUACCACUGGGCUCCAAUAUCAUCAGACAGUUCACACUGGAGAAAAGCCUUUUCAAUGCAAUGAAUGUGGAAAAUGUUUUUCCACUAACACUGAACUUCAUAGACAUCGGAGAGUUCAUACGGGAGAGAAGCCUUAUCAGUGCAGUGAAUGUGGGAAAUCUUUUGCUCGGAGCACUACCCUUCGUUACCAUCAGAGUGUUCAUACAGGAGAAAAGCCAUAUCAAUGUAGUGAAUGUGGAAAAUCUUUUACCACUAAAACUGUCCUUGAUCGACAUCAGAGAGUUCAUACAGGAGAAAAGCCAUAUCAAUGCAGUGAAUGUGGAAAAUCUUUUACCACUAAAACAAUCCUUGAUCGACAUCAGAGAGUUCAUACGGGAGAAAAGCCUUAUAAGUGCACUGUAUGUGGGAAUUCUUUUAAAAAGAGCAGUGCUCUUCAGUGUCAUCAGAGAGUUCACACUGGAGAAAGCUAUUAAGAGUGCAAUUAAUGUGAGGUAUCUCUCAGCCAAAUUUCUAAAUUCCCUCUCCGCAUAAGAGUACAAAUGUGAGAAAUUUCUUAGAUGUGUAGUAAAUGUAAUUUCUUUGGACUUAACGAUAGUACAAGAAAAUUUGUGAGUCCUCAUUUUUCUGAAUUGUAUCAUACAUUUAAUCACCUACAUUAUGCAAUGUUCCCAUAAGUGUUUUUGCUGUUGUGCUUCUGUGUUUUUAUGUUGGAACAGUAUGUAAUUAUGUUGCACGUUCUAACAUACAGGAUGUACUGCCAGAUCUGUGUCACUGCAUAUUUCUGUUGCUGAAGGUAAUUCACCUGAACCACCUAUAAGGUCCCUACAGAUGGCCUCAAUCACCAUCCUUCUGUCCCCAGGGAUGUUAAGUCAGACUCUAAUUUGUUGACGGAAAUGAGGAAUACCUGAAUCCUUAGUUCUUUCUUCCAGCCCUGUCUUGUGUUGCCAAACAGGUCUCAUUACGGUUGGUCCCAGUAAACAUGUUGCAGAGGGACUGCCAUUUUCAGGGACACACUUUCCCUAGAUGCUAAUGAUGAGUUUAUUGUGUGCCUAAGUCACCAACGGGAGAACUGUCAAUGUCAUGUCUCUAUGGAUUGUAAAAUAAUGAAGGGUUUUUCUUAAGACUUCUUUAAUUUCUGGUGUUCUGUUUACUCAAUAGGUUAGUUUAUAAGGAGAUUUGGGCUUUCCAAGCAUGAAGAGGUGAAAAACUUUUAGGGGUCUCAAACAUUUUUCCCAUGGGGCAACAGUAUUGUUCAGGAAUUAGUUCAGCAGUUUUUGGCAAAUUUACAUUGCUGCCCAUAUUUUCCUAGGAAACACUGUGGACACUCUACUUCUCAUGUGAAGAUGGAUGCUUUGACACAUAGAGAUCACUCCAAAGAGAGGGUAGCUGUGACAACCUCAAGUAUGUCUAGAAACAUGAAAUUUUUUUCUUGUUUGCAAGCGAUGCCAAUACCUGUGAAGUGAAUCUCUUACCCAGGUCUUGCAGAUGGCCUCGUCCCCUAAUGCCUACAAUAUUACGGGUGAUGGUCACUGGUUUGAGGACCAUCGCAUUCAGGGGGAACCCUUUCACUACAGAAACACUGACCUAAUUGUUGGAUGAGACUGCACCCCCUUAGAUGGAAUGGUCCUCACCUAACUGUGCAUCCUGGCAUUUUUAGGAAAAGACUACAAGAGCUGUGUAUAGACAGAUCUGAGGGACAGCAGGCUUGUUUAUCUUCUGUGAAGCAGUCGUUGUCAUUGAUUACAAUCAAGAUGUUUUGUUGCUCCUGUAGCUUCUCAGAAGUUCCCAUCAGAGCCAUUGGUGUGCUGGCAUCAAAAGAAAGAUGGAGACAACGGCUGUCUUUAGUCCAGGAAUGUGGCUUUUGUGGGUUUGGGUGAAAGUUCUUCAUUGUUUAAUACAUUUUCUGUCACUAAGUUGAGACUCUCACCUAGAGGGCAUAAGUAUGGGGAUUCAACAUAGAGUUGCAAACCAUUUUCUUCCAUAAUACCAUUGAACCAUUUUUAACAGCUAUAAUGAGUAAAUUACUUGCGUUAAGUAUAGUGUUUCAUGAAUCUUGACAUGUGCAUGAAACUGAAACCAUCAUUAUAGUCCUAAAGCUGACCAUAUCU